UAUUAGUGGCCAUGGCGAUCUCACUUAGAACCCUAAAAGAAGGCACGAGAGAGAAAGCCCUUGCUCUUGGCGGAAUCUGGCGCUCCGCGUGGAAUACUGGCAAUGGCGCUGGCGCUCGGGAUUUGGAUUCCAAUCGUCCAGGGCGGGCAAGGUGAGAUCCGAGAGGGUUAUGGUUUCCUGCGGUGAUUCUUCCCAGCUAUCGAUUGGAUCCUCGGCCGGAUGACCGCCGCUGUGGUGUCAAUGGCGGCAGUGCAAAGCGCUCCAGAUAUUUCCAGGACUCGUGCGUUUGCCUGUGGAGGGGCGGUGUUCUUCUCUCCCGGACCAUCUUGCGCCAGCUGCAAUGUGUUCUACAGUAGGAGUAUGGUGUCGCAUUUUGAUGGGCUCAAGGCGGUGGGAUUGGUAGGAUCAAACAAGCUCGCGGCGACCAGGCAUGAGAUCAAAAGGAUUGUUCCACGGAACAAACGGAAGGGGGUGAUUGUGUGUGGGAUGAACUUGGUCUUUGUUGCCGCGGAAGUUUCUCCUUGGAGCAAGACUGGCGGGCUUGGAGAUGUCAUGGGAGGCCUUCCUCCAGCCAUGGCGGCUCGUGGUCACCGCGUCAUGACUGUUGCACCAAGAUACGAUCAAUACAAAGAUGCCUGGGACACAAGUACUACACUUGCGAUUAAAGUUGGCGACAGGACAGAGAUUCUACGCUAUUUCCAUGUCUUUAAAAGGGGUGUAGAUCGUGUUUUUGUGGACCACCCAUUGUUUCUGGCAAAGGUGUGGGGGAAAACAGGUGGUAAAAUCUAUGGUCCCGAAGCCGGAGAAGACUAUCACGAUAAUCAACUUCGGUUUAGCUUGCUAGUACAGGCAGCAAUCGAAGCAUGUCGUGUGUUGAAUCUUACAGCCAAUGAAUAUUUCAGCGGACCAUACGGUGAGAAUGUAGUUUUCAUUGCUAACGACUGGCAUACUGCCGUGCUGGCGUGCUACUUGAAGGCCAACUAUAAGUCUCAUGGCAUGUUUGCCUCUGCUAAGGUGGCGUUUUGUGUACACAACAUUGCCUAUCAAGGCAGGUUUGCCUAUCAAGACUAUGACUUGCUGAAUCUUCCAGAUGAAUAUGAGGAGUCCUUCGAUUUUAUCGACGGCUACGACAAACCAGUUAAGGGCCGGAAAAUUAACUGGAUGAAGGCUGGCUUUCUUCAUUCAGACAUUGUUCUUACUGUCAGUCCAAACUAUGCUCGCGAGCUAAUUUCUGGCCCCGAAAAAGGAGUGGAACUGGACGACAUAGGCAGGAAAACCUGUAUAUGGGGCAUUGUGAAUGGGAUGGACGUGCAAGAAUGGGAUCCCUCUGCGGACAAGUUCCUCGCCGUCCGGUAUAACUUGAACACGGUCUUGGAGGCAAAACUAGUGUUGAAAGAAGCGUUGCAGGCCGAGGUUGGCCUGCCUAUAAACCCGGACGUCCCAGUUAUUGGCUUCAUUGGAAGGCUAGAAGAGCAAAAGGGGUCAGACAUACUUGCAGAAGCAGUGGCCGAUUUUAUAAACGAAGACGUGCAACUGAUUGUGCUGGGUACCGGGAAGAAAACAUAUGAAGAGCAGCUGAAGCAGUUGGAAAUCAAUUAUCCCAACAAGGUUCGGGGGGUGGCCAAGUUCAACGUUCCUUUGGCGCACAUGAUCACCGCCGGGGCAGACUUCAUGAUCGUUCCCAGCAGAUUUGAGCCAUGCGGACUCAUCCAGCUUCACGCAAUGCGAUAUGGAACGAUACCUAUAGUCUCAUCCACAGGCGGCUUGGUUGAUACUGUCAAAGAAGGUUUCACAGGUUUCCACAUGGGUGCGUUUAACGUUCACUGCGACACCAUCGAUCCUCUCGACGUUGUUGCGCUCGCAGCGACAGUGAAGCGAGCGACCCGAGCGUACAAGACGCCGAGCUUUCGCACCAUGAUCCAAGCUUGCAUGUCACAGGAUCUGUCAUGGAAGGGACCCGCGAGGAGAUGGGAGGAAGUGCUCCUCAACCUUGGAGUGGAAGGCAGCCGUCCAGGCCAGGAGGGAGAGGAGAUUGCUCCUCAGGCAAAAUAUAAUCUGGCCACUCCAUAAAGAAAAUCAUUUGGAACCAUGUGCUAACCCCACAUAGUAUAUGUAUAUACUCUGACUAGAUACAAGGUAGCUGAGAGAUAAAAAAAUCAUCUUCUAUACUCUAAUAUACACUGACUAGAUCGUUGA